UCUUAUGCAGUACUUUGGCCCUUGCACAUUUAUCAACAAAAGCAUCCUCUGAACUUCAUCUUCCUUGGGCUAUUUACGGCUUCCCUGAGUCUCACUGUUGGUGUUAGCUGUGCCAAUACUGAAGGAAGAAUUGUACUUGAGGCCUUAGUCUUGACAUCAGCUGUGGUUUUAGCUUUGACCGGGUAUACUUUCUGGGCUUCUAAGAAGGGAAAGGACUUCAGCUUUCUGGGACCAAUCUUGUUUACUAGCCUCGUUGUGCUGCUUGUGACCAGCUUUAUCCAGAUGGUCUUCCCUCUUGGACCUGCAUCUGUUGCUAUCUACGGUGCAUUCAGCGCCAUUAUAUUUUCUGGCUACAUAAUAUAUGACACCGACAAUCUGAUCAAGCGAUUCACUUAUGAUGAGUACAUCUGGGCAUCGGUCACUCUUUAUCUGGACAUUCUCAACCUCUUCCUAACUAUUCUGCGGAUGAUGAGACAGGGAGACAAUUAAGACUUGGGUGCAUUAGUGCCCAACUACUAUUUGUCGUAGGGAUUAACUAUCUCCUAUAUUAAGUGCAAAGACAUGUACACCUGUUACAUAAGUUACUACUAUUUGCUGGAUCUUAUGAAUCGAUUGAUUACAUAGACGCCCCAAAAUCUAUCUGUAAUAAAGUGGUGUAAUUGAAUCUAUGUGUGUAUGUGAUUUUUUCUGCAUUAUAACUUUUAUUUCAUUGUAAAUUUAGCUACUAUGCUGUUGAACAGUUUUGAAGGAAAAAGCUGUUAUCCUCGUUUGAA